GCAAUCAAUUGAGCCGAACGAUCACUGAUCGCAGCAGUCAAAUACCGCUUAAUGCGCAAAUAAUUGUGGUUUACUGGAAAACUGGGCUAGCAAGAGUUCCAUAUAAAUAGGGGCUGGAUAGUCCAGGAGUUCCAAAAUUCAUCCAAAACUUCGAGGGUACAGAAUGCUGCGAUACAUCUGCUUUUUUCUGCUCAGUUGCAGUGCCUUCGAGGCUGCCUUGGCUUGCAAUGGCUACAAGGCCAAGCUGGUGAAGAUGGAGAACUGUGCUGGCGAUGAUGCCAUAAUGACGGUGGGCAGUGAUUUCAACCUGAAGUUGAACAAAAAGUGCGAGCUGGUUCCCUCGGGUUGCAUUAGUAAUAAGCCCUUUGGAACCGCCGUGGCCAAGUUCAAGGUCCAAAAGGAUGGCAUCGUGAUGAAGGAGGGCAAGAUCGACCUGUGCGCCGCCAUCGAUCAGGCCUCGUCGGAGGGCAAGGACAUGCUGAAGCUAUUCGGAGCUCCCUCCACCUGCCCUGUGGGCGAGGAAAAGGUGUGCGCCAACGAGCACACCGUCGAUCUAAGCAAAUACAAAGCCAUGCUCGGCAUGGCUCGCGGUCAUCUGAUCAUCGAUGCGGAGAUCAAACAUGACACCGGCAAAUCCUGCUUGCAUGCCGAAAUCGAACUUACCAAGAACUAAGGGUGAACAUCGAUCGGAGGUCUUAUGUUUCUAUUUUGAGUCUUGCAAAUCAUGUAAAUGUAAAUACGUAUGCAAUAAAAACUGGUAAUGAGGUGCACGCAGAAAAUAAAUAUACAACAAAUACCGAACAA